UCAUGUGAGUGAGAGAGGUGCAUGCCAUUAUACGUGGUUCCUUUCUCCUUUGAAGUGGUUCGGGCGGCGCCUUCGCUGUUAUUACGGACCAAUUAAGCAAGCUAGCUUGUUUCGUGGGUUGGGCGGAGAUACCAGUACAGUGCAACAACGAUCAUGGACAUAGCGUUGAGUUUCAAGAACACCAGAUACAAUCUCAUUAAAUUAAUCCUUCGCGCGCGAAUCCACCUGCUGAAAUAUUAAUUUAUGGAAUGCGCAUGUAUUCCAAUUUGGAUAUCACCAUUGGUGAGCAAUCGCAUUAUUAUUAAUAUUAAUUUGACUAACUAAAUCCGGGCGACGAGAAUCAGAUUAAUUAAUUACAAGCUCAUAAAUGCUUGCUAUGACUGGAAAAUUUUCCGCGCAGAUGAUAACAUAUUACGGUAGGAAAGCAAAGCCCCACCGUGGGCGCCCACAGUCGACGCACAGAGCUAGCGUGCCGUCGCCCGUCGGGUCCGUCGGGAUAAGGAUGUACGUACGUAAUCCGCUCGCAGGAGAGCACGUUGGCCGUGCCAUGCUCUGUCUCCGCUGGGGGACGCUUUUACAGGUGUAGCUUCGCUCGGGCACUCUGCAACGUUGCCUCUGCGCCGCUUCGCGUGCUCGCUCGCACAAACGGACAAUAUAUGCGGCGCCAUGGGACCCUUCUCCGCCUCGUGCAUUGCGAGGUGCGGUUGUUUGAUCCUACCAACCGAUACCUUUUCCCUCCCUAUAUAUACGUAUACCCAUCCACCAUAUCCUCCUCACCCAACCUGAACCAUUACUGAUCACUCUACCACAGUACUCUAAUAGCUAGCUGAUAAUACCAAGCUAAUUAAUUAGUAAGAUCGAGUUAACCAACCAGCUAGCAUGGCAUCACCAUCUUCUUCUUCUUCUUCUUUCCUAUAUGUUAUUAUCUGCGCUUUGAUUCUCUGCCAUGGGUGCUUAGCCCAGCUGGGCUUCGACCUGGGCCAAGGAAGGAGCCCCUGGCAGAGCCCUCGCCGGUUCGGGGCCGCCGGCCAGGCCGCGUGCACGUUCGACAGGCUGGACGUCGUCCAGCCCCAGCGCCGCAUCCAGUCCGAAGCCGGCUACACCGAGUACUUUGAGCAGUUCAGCCAGCAGUUCCAGUGCGCCGGCGUUUCCGCGCUGCGCCGCGUCAUUGAGCCCAGCGGCCUCGCCGUGCCUUCCUAUUCCAAUGCUCCUCUCCUCGUCUACAUCGUUCAAGGGAGGGGGGUGAUGGGGGCGGUGUUCCCGGGCUGCCCGGAGACGUUCCAGUCCUUCCAGCAGCAAUUCGAGCAGCAGCAAGAGGAAGGCGGCAGCCAGAGGGGGAGGUUCAGAGACGAGCACCAGAAGGUCCACCGCUUCCGCGAGGGAGACAUCAUCGCGUUGCCCGCCGGAGUUUCCCACUGGUGCUACAACGACGGCGAUUCCCCGGUCGUCGCCAUCACCGUCUUCGACACCAGCAACACUGCUAACCAACUCGAUCCCAGGCACAGGGAGUUCCUGCUGGCGGGGAGGCAGCAGAGCAGAUCAGGGCAGCAGGUGUUCGGGGGGCCGCAGCAAGAACAGCCGUCGGGGAACAACAUCCUGAGCGGGUUCGACACCCAGCUGCUGGCCGAGGCUUUCGGCGUGAACCACGAGCUGGCGAGAAGGCUCCAGGGCCAGAACGACCAGAGGGGCGAGAUCGUCCGCGUGCGCCACGGCCUUCAGUGGCUCAGGCCCUCCCGGACCCAGCAGGAGGAGCAGCAACAGCAGCAGCCGCAGACGCAGCCGCAGCAGCAGCAAGAAGAGGAGGAGGAGGAGGAGAGGCGGCGAGGCGGCCAAUGCGGGAACGGCUUGGAAGAGAUGUACUGCGCGCUGAAGACGAGAGCCAACAUCAACGAGCCGUCGCGUGCCGACAUCUACAACCCCCAGGGCGGAAGGAUCACCCACCUCAACGCCCAGAAGUUCCCCAUCCUCAACCUCGUCCAGAUGAGCGCCACCCGCGUCGUCCUCCACCGGAAUGCCCUUCUUGCGCCGUACUGGAACAUCAACGCCCACAGCGUGAUGUACGUCACGCGAGGCCGGGGACGGGUGCAAGUAGUGAACCACCGCGGUAGGACCGUCUUCGACGGCGAGCUCCGCCAGGGGCAGCUGAUCAUCAUCCCACAGAACUUCGCAGUGGCAAAGAGGGCGCAGCACGAGGGGUUCGAGUGGGUCUCCUUCAACACCAACGCCAACGCCAUGGUCAGUCACAUUGCAGGAAAGGCUUCGGCGCUGCGCGGCUUGCCAGUGGACGUGCUGGUCAAUGCUUACCGGAUCUCGAGGGAGGAGGCGCAGAGGCUCAAGUAUAACCGAGGGGAUCAGAUGGCCAUCUUUGCUCCCAGAUUUGAAGGCCGUUCCAUUAAUGAUCAGUAAUACUAUAUAUGCAUGCGGCAGAUCAUGAGAGUUACUGCUGUAUAUAUAGUAGUAUAAUGCGGCAGUGGUGGUUUUGAUUGGUCUCUGAGAAUAAAUAAAUUCAUACUCGGAUAAAUAAAUUCCUAUGAGAGAGGAUGUUUGAUGUACGGGUUUUGAUUCUCAAUAAUAAUAAAAUGAAGGGGAUUGAUCUAAGCUAAUGAACAGUCUC